AUGUUAUCCGUCAUUAAUGAGAAUGAUAAAGUUUCAAAACAAUCAGAUGUUGAUGAAAUGGUUUCAAAUCUAUUACUUCACAAAUUUCCAUGUGUUUCAAUACAUGGUGGUAAAGAUCAAUUGGAUAGAAAAUAUGCUAUAAAAGAAUUUUCAUCACCAAAUAGUGGAGUAAAUAUAUUAAUUGCAACUUCAAUUGCUGCAAGAGGAUUAGAUGUUAAAAAUUUAUCUUUGGUAGUAAACUUUGAUGCACCAAGUCAUUUAGAAGAUUACGUACAUCCUGUUGGUAGAACUGGUAGAGCAGGAGCAAAAGGUGAAGCAAUUACGUUUGUGUUUAGACUGCAAGAAAAAGAAAUCAUAAUAUUGGUGAAAGAUUUAAAAUCUAGUUUAAAAGAUAUACCUCCAGAAUUAUUAGAAAUAUCUGAAAUUUUUUCAAAUAAAGUUAAAUUUGGUGAUGUUAAAACAAAUUCUGGAUUUGGUGGUAAAGGUUUAGAUAAUUUACAAGAUGUUAGAGAUAUAAAAUUGAAAAUUGAGAAAAAAAUGUAUGGUGAAACAAUUGAAGAAGAAAAAGAAGAAGUUUCAAUCAAACAAGAAUCACCAUCUCCAAAUGGAUUUAUAUUACCUACAUUUGAAAUAAUUAAAGGAGAUUCACCAGAAACUUCAGGUCCAGAUAAAUGUAAAUUUCAUAGUAGAAUUACAAUCAAUGAUUUACCUCAAUCAGUUCGAUGGAAAAUAGUUCAAAGAGAAAGUUCAACAAGAAUUAUAGAUGAAUCUAGAACUUCAAUCACAACUAGAGGUAAAUUUUAUCAAUCAGGACAACAACCAAAACCUAAUGAAGAACCUAAUCUACUAGUUGAAGGAUUAAGGAAACAAUCAGUUGAAGAAGCAAAAACAAUUAUUAAACGAUUAAUGAUAGAAGGUAUUGAAUCACUUAGUAGUAAUGUGAAUAAUAGGAUUGGUACAACCCUGUUAUAUAAUAUUGGCGAUGAAACUGAUCAAAUAUUUUUUUCUCAAAUAAAAUUUCAAUAA